UGAGGGGGGGAAAAGGAUACCAUUUGGAUAAUUUCAGUUUUGUGAAGGAAAAAAAAAAGAAAAAAAAAAAGAAAGAAAACUGAAAGCUUGAUGAAAUUUCAGUUUCUAGCUCGUUAUUAUUGCAUAAUGGUUUUAGUUUUAGCUUAGUUUGUCACUGAAAACUUGAAAAAGAGGUCAAAAGAAACAAAAGAGUACCCUGCAUUACUACACAUAUAAUUGCAUCUCAAGCUUUCUUUUCUUCUAUGCUUCACUAGCACUAUAUAUAAUGGAGAAAUGAUCAUGACUAAGGAUUCCUCAGUCACUACCAUGGUAGAUCUUGAUCAGGAACAAACAGCACCAAUUGCUGUCACUAUGAACUCUAAAAAGAAAGAGCUUCUUUCCACUGCUUUGAAGAGAACAAGUGAAUGGAUUUUUUCUCAGGAGAUUCCUAGUGAUGUUACUAUCGAUGUAGGAGGCGUUUCCUUCUCAUUACAUAAGUUCCCACUAGUUUCAAAGUGUGGAUACAUAAGAAAACUGGUGUCAGAAUCCAAUGAUUCUGAUCUCUCCAUCAUUGAGCUCGCCGACAUCCCUGGCGGGGCAGAAGCGUUUGAGCUUGCUGCCAAGUUCUGCUACGGGAUAAACUUCGAGAUAAGCACGGAAAACAUAGCCAUGCUGAGGUGCGCAGCGGAGUACCUUGAGAUGACCGAGGACUAUGCGGUGGGAAACUUGGUGGGAAGAACUGAUGCUUAUUUGAAUGAAGUGGCUUUGAAAAGCCUUGCAAGUGCAGCCUCAAUUCUACACAUAUCAGAGAACUUUCUCCCAAUAGCAGAGAAGGUGAAAUUGGUGAGCAAAUGUAUAGAUGCAAUUGCAUAUAUAGCCUGCAAAGAGAGCCAAUUCUGUAUGUCAGGUAGGAGUGAGAGUGGAAGUGAGGGUGUGAUUCCCUCAGCAGUUUCUGAGCCAAAACCAAUUGUGGAUUGGUGGGCUGAAGACUUGACUGUCCUUAGAAUUGACAUGUUUCAUAGAGUUCUUGUUGCAAUGAUGGCAAGAGGGUUUAAGCAAUAUGCUCUUGGGCCAAUCCUCAUGCUCUAUGCACAAAAAUCUCUCAGAGGUUUGGAGAUAUUUGGGAAGGGAAGGAAGAAAAUCGAGCCGCGACAAGAGCACGAAAAAAGGGUUGUGCUAGAAACCAUUGUGAGCCUUCUACCAAGGGAGAAAAACGCCAUGUCAGUUAGCUUCCUGUCUAUGCUUCUCCGAGCAGCGAUAUAUCUUGAGACGACGGUCGCUUGCCGCUUGGAUUUGGAGAAGAGAAUGGGAAUGCAGUUGGGGCAGACCGUUCUGGAUGAUCUUUUGAUUCCUUCAUACUCAUUCACUGGUGACACAUUGUUUGAUGUGGACACUGUUCAGAGGAUCAUGAUGAACUUCCUUGAUUUCGAAAUCGGGGGUAAUCGGAUGGUGUUUAGUGGAGAUGAUGAGUAUGUGUCUCCUCCACCAAGUGAACUUGAGCGAGUUGGGAAAUUGAUGGAGAACUACAUAGCUGAAAUAGCUUCUGAUAGAAACUUAUCUGUUUCCAAAUUCAUUGGUCUCGCUGAACUUAUUCCAGAACAAUCAAGGGUAACUGAAGAUGGAAUGUAUAGAGCCAUUGAUAUCUACCUAAAGGCUCACCCUGUUCUAAGCGACAUGGAGAGGAAGAAAGUGUGCAGCCUAAUGGACUGCCAGAAGCUGUCCCGCGAGGCCUGCGCACACGCCGCGCAAAACGACCGGCUCCCUGUCCAGACGGUCGUCCAAGUCCUCUACUACGAGCAGCAGCGCCUCCGGGACGUCAUGAACGGCUCCCUCGUUGGCGGCGAAUCCCCCGCAUCCGCUCUCCCUUCCAAGCUCAACUUAUACUCCACAGACAUCCACCCGGUCUCCGACGAGCUCUCCGGCCUGCGAAGAGAGAACGAGGACUUGAAGAUCGAGCUCGUGAAGAUGAAGAUGAAGAUGAAAGAGAUCGAAAGAUCGACGGCCGUUAAGUCGGCCGUGAAUAGUCCUCAGAGUGUGAUCAUGUCCUCUGCUGAUAAGCCUCCUCGGCCAAGAAAAUCCUUCAUGAACUCAGUCUCAAAGAGGCUGGGAAGGCUUUAUCCUUUUGUGCGUUCUGAUGGAGUUACACCUUCAUACAAAGGAAGAACAAAACCAAGCAAGGAUCGACGGCAUUCCAUUUCAUAGGAGCAUUUGGUAAGAGAUCAAGUCUUGUUGAAUGGUUAGUGGCUUUUACUAGCUAUACAUAUAUAAGUCUGUAUUUAUUUCUUUUUUAUCUUUUUCUUCAUCUUCUUCUUUAUCAUGUUUUGAUUCUGUAUGAAAGAUUGGUGUACAUA